CAUCUCAUCUUCCAUACAAUAUUGAAAACAUCAUUAUGAGGGAAACUCUCUGUGCUAUGCUUGUUCUAGUUGCUGUAUUGUUCUUUGGAGCUGCAGAGUUUUGUUCCGGUCGGAACACAAGCUUUAGCUGUAUAGAAAAGGAGAGAGAAGCCCUCUUGAAGUUCAAACUUUGUUUCCAUGAUCCAUCGCAUAUGUUGUCUUCUUGGAAAGGCAAUGACUGUUGUGAAUGGAAAGGAGUAGGCUGUGAUAAAAAUAACAGAUAUGUUGUCUCGCUUCAACUCAAGGGAUCGGUAUUCGCUAAUCAACGACCUCAAUUGUACUUGAUUGAGGAUGUAGAGGAGGUUGGUUCAAGUUUGCUCAAGCUGAGAUACUUGGAACACCUGGACUUGAGCAACAAUAAUUUCAGUGGUAAUCUUAUUCCGCCCUCCUUUGGUUUGAUGAAGCAGCUAAGAUACCUAAAGCUCUCUUGCGCGCAGUUUAGAGGAAGAAUUCCUGGUGAACUUGGAAAUCUUACAAGGCUUCGUGUCCUUGAUCUUUCUCAAUAUUAUUAUCGGGGAUUGAAGGUUGAUGAUGACAUUCAGUGGAUUUCUCAUCUCUCCUCUUUGCAACAACUUGAUAUGAGUGGAGUAAAUCUAAGCCAUGCCUCAUCAAACUUGUUCCAGGUACUUGGCAUGCUUUCUUCAUUAUCAUGGUUGAGUCUGUCAGAUUGUAGUCUAAAAAAUUCUCACCUACCAUCUCACAACCACCUUAAUUUUACAUUGCUUGGAAAUAUUCAACACCUUGAUAUGUCAUAUAACUCUUUUCAUGGUCCAAUACCUAUUUUUCUCCAAAACAUGACUUCAUUGACAUUUCUUGAUAUGAGCGGAGUAAAUCUAAGCCUUACAUCAUCAAACUUGUUUCAAGUACUUGGCAUGCUUUCUUCACUAUCAUGGUUAAGUUUGUUGAGUUGUAGUCUCAAAAAUUGUCACUUGCCAUCUUACAACCAUCCCUUUAAUUUUACAUUGCUUGGCAAUAUUCAACACUUAGAUCUUUCAGCUAACUUUUUCCAAGGUCCAAUACCUAUAUUUCUCCAAAACAUGACUUCCUUGAUACUUCUUUAUCUUUCUGAAAAUCAAUUGAGUGGGAGUAUUCCAGAUAGUAUCGGACAACUUUCUAAGUUAGAGAGCAUAGAUCUCUCUUUCAAUCAAUUGAGUGGGAGUAUUCCAGAUAGUAUCGAGCAACUUUCUAAGUUAGAGAGAAUGGAUCUCUCUGGGAAUCAGUUGAGGAGUAUUCCAGAUAGCAUCGGGCAACUUUCUAACAUGUCUCUCUCUGGGAAUCAGUUGAGGAGUAUUCCAGAUAGCAUCGGGAAACUUUCUAAGUUAGAGAGCAUGUCUCUCUUUGGGAAUCAGUUGAGGAGUAUUCCAGAUAGCAUCAGGCAACUUUCUAAGUUAGAGAGCAUAGAUCUUUCUAGUAAUCAAUUUGGAAUAGGAUUUCCUAAAUGGCGUCAAUUACCAAAGAUAAUAAAAAUGGUUGGUCUCUCUAAUGCUAGCAUCUCAGGUCCUCUUCCAGAAAACAUAGGUCAUAUGAUGCCAAUGUUGGAGAGCCUAUAUCUUGAAAACAACCUCAUGAAUGGUUCAAUUCCAAAGUCACUAUGCAAUUUAAAAUAUUUGAAAACACUUGAUCUCUCAAACAAUAUGUUAUCUGGAAAUAUUCCAAAGUCGCUAUGCAAUUCAGAAUCUUUGGGAUAUCUUGAUCUCUCAAAUAAUAUGUUAUCUGGAAGUAUUCCUAAUUGUUGGAGAAAUGAUCAAUCGUUCAUUUUUAUUGAUCUAUCGUCUAACAAUCUCUCGGGUUUAUUUCCGAGUAAAAUGGUGCAGCUUUCUUCUUUAAGUGUACUGCACUUGAACAACAAUAGUCUACAUAAGGGACUACAUGUGGCAUUGAAAAUUUUCGCUUCUUUAGUGGUUUUGGAUUUGGGUGAAAAUAAAUUUUCUGGAAAUUUAACAAGCAUGGUAGGAGGGGAGAUCAGCAACCACUCUUUAAAGGUUCUCCGACUGCGAAAAAAUUUGGUUUCCGGUUAUAUUCCUUUGGAACUAUGCUCUCUUUCUCAAAUGCAAAUUCUGGAUCUUGCAGAUAACAAUUUGAUAGGAAGGAUUCCUCCUUGUUUUGGAAAGUUUCCGAUUAUGGUGAACGCAACACAAUUGAUCUAUGACAUAGUUAGUGAAUAUUGGUAUGAGGCACCUUUGAUGGAGGUUGUGAAAGGGAGAUACCUUGAGUAUAAAAGAAAAACUCUGAGACUCGAGAUUAAUAUAGAUCUUUCAAGUAACAAUCUAAUAGGAUCUAUACCAGAGGAGCUAACAUUCCUCAAGGAUUUGCACAAUUUGAAUCUGUCUUGGAAUCAUCUCUCAGGAAAGAUCCCUGAGAAAAUUGGACAAAUGGAAAAUUUGGAAUCUCUUGAUUUCUCCAAGAAUGGCCUUUCAGGAAUGAUCCCAAACAGCAUGUCAAGUUUAACCAAGUUAAGCUACCUCAACUUGUCCUACAACAACUUAUCAGGGCCAAUUCCAACAGGCUAUCAGCUCCAAACACUCGAAGAUCCAACCAUGUAUGUUGGCAAUCCUCAACUCUGUGGAGCUCCACUCUUGAACAAAUGCUCAAAUGAUACACUACCUCCGACAACUGCCAACUUCAAGGACAAUGAUGAAAGUGCACUUAAAAGAAUGUGGUUUUACAUUGUCAUGUUGUUAGGCUUUGCAACUGGAUUCUGGGGAGUCGUGGGAACUUUGAUUUUUGUAAAAAAUUGGAGAUAUGCUUAUUUUCAAUGGAUGGAUGAUGUCCAACACUGGAUACUUGGGAUUAUAACAUUGAAGGUGGCACAAUUCAAGAAGAUGUUCAAUGGCAACCAAGAUGAUCAGUGAGUUGUAUAUGGAGGAUGUUGUUGUUGCUACAUUUAUUAUUAAGUUAGUUGGACAACCCUAUGUUGCAAGGUAUAGUGUCAAGUCCAACUUUGAAUGGCCCAACAUUGAAUUGGUCAAUUUUAAAUGAACACAUAUGUAUUAGAGUUUGUAAAGUCUUCAAUAAUAUAACAUAGGCUGUAGU